AUGGGAUUCAGCAAAGGCUUCAAAAGGACGUGCGCGAGGGAUUUUGGAAGAAAGGAAGUGAGUCCUCCUUGUGCCGUUCAGCAAGGGUGGUUGGGAGGAUUAUUUGUGAAGCCUUGGCCCUACCAUUCGAUAGUUUUCACGAGCACACCCAGUUUCGGUACGGUAGGUUUUCUUUUCGAGCCCAACAGUUCGGCAGCACAGGGUGAUCUAGAAAGGAUUUGCUUUGUUUUCGAGCCCAACAAUUCGGCAACAGAGUCCCUGCCGAACAGCAGGGUUGAUUUGGAAAGAAAAUCUUGA